AUGCACAGUUUUUCCAUGCUUUUUGGGGAUGAUGUCUUGCCUGCCAACCACAAAGACGAAAUCAACGUUGAGGAGGACCCUUUUGCAUGGGUCAUGCAUGAGCCUCGAAAUAAAAGGUCGUGCUUUUCGCACGACAUAAUGGACACGUUCAACUGUCUGGAGGUUCGAGUCGAAGGGCCCCAGUCAACUGGAUUCUUCAAAUUUCUCAUCGCAACUGGAGCAAAUGUUUUCCGAUGUACGAGUUCGCGUUUAGAGAGGCGGGGAUGCGUUUUCCCUUCAAUGAUUUUCAAAUGGAGGUUUUCCAUUGACUUCAAUUGGCGCCCUCUCAAUUUCACCCAAACACGCUGGCGUUCAUGCAGGCGUUUGAGCUCAUCUGCCAGUACAAAUAGGCGCUACGUUGUCCCUCUGUUUUCGUAUCUUUCACAUACAAAGACAAUCCAUUGGAGGAGGGCAAGCGUGAGUGUCCUUCAAACAGUUUGGGAAACUCUUUAA